CCGCGACCGGCUCUCGCGCCGCUCACGCAGCCGGGAGCACAAGCGCAGCCGCAGCCGCAGCCGCAGCAGAGACCGGAAGCGGCGCCGAAGCCGCUCUCGCUCGGGCAGCGCCGCCCGUCGGAAAGAGGAGCGCAAGGAGGACCGCAAGGAGGAGAGGAAGGAGGAGAGCAAGCAGCCCAAGGAGAAGUCGGACGAGGAGUCUGCGUUCGACCCGAGCAAGAUCGAUAAGGAGGCCGAGCAGGCCCGGCUGGAGCUGGAGAUGAAGAAGCGCCGCGAGCGGAUCGAGAAGUGGCGCGCGGAGCGCAGGGUCAAGGAGAUGGAGCAGGUCAAGAAGGACCUGGAGAAGGGCGUCCUGCUGGAGAACCUGCAGGUGCCCAAGAAGAAGUGGACGCUGGACGAGGACGAGUCGGACGAGGACGAGCCGCGGCGCGCCGCCCGUCAGGAGGCCGAGAAGAACGGCUCGUCCGAGGGGCCGGCCGUGAAGGACGAGCCGGCCGACCCGACGCCGGCGGACGAGGACGAAGACGAGGUUGACCCGCUCGAUGCCUUCAUGCAGGGCGUGCACGACGAGGUUCGCAAGAUCAGCAAGGCGACGCGCGCCGGCGCUGGCCCCGGCCCAGGCGGUGGUGGUGGCGGCGGCGGAGCCGUCCCGGGCGGCGGCGGCGGCGGUGACGCGGCGCCGGGCGCCGGCGGGGCGGAGGCGGCGCACAAGAAGGCGGUGGUGAUCAGGGCGGUGAAGGCUCGCGCGGCACCAACCGCCGAGACCAAGGACAAGGGCGAGCUGAUGGAGCAGAAUCAGGACGGCCUGGAGUACUCGGAAGAGGAGGAGGAGAUGGAUAUACACGAGGCGAAUGAGAAGCUGGCGCAAAAAGGCAAGAAGGAGCUGAUGAAGAUCGACCACAACAAGAUCGUGUACCAGCCAUUCCGCAAGAAUUUCUGGGUGGAGGUGCCUGAGCUGAAGGCCAUGACCCCCAGCGAGGUGGACGCCUACCGCGCAGAGCUGGAGGGUGUCAAGGUCAAGGGCAAGGAGGUGCCGAAGCCGAUCAAGACGUGGUCGCAGGCCGGUCUCAGCAAGAAGAUGAUGGACAUCCUGAAGAAGAACAACUACGAGAAGCCGACGCCGAUCCAGGCCCAGGGCAUCCCCAUCAUCCUGGCGGGCCGUGACAUGAUUGGCGUGGCCAAGACGGGCUCUGGCAAGACGCUGGCGUUCGUGCUGCCAAUGAUGCGGCACAUAGCCGACCAGCCGGAGCUGCUGGACACGGACGGGCCUAUCGCCAUCAUCAUGGCGCCGACCCGGGAGCUGUGCCUGCAGAUCGGAAAGGAGUGUCGCAAGUUCGCCCGGCCGCUCGGCAUCCGCGCCGUCUGCGUGUACGGCGGCACCGGCAUCAGCGAGCAGAUCGCCGAACUGAAGCGCGGCGCCGAGAUCAUCGUGUGCACGCCCGGGCGGAUGAUCGACAUGCUGGCGGCCAACUCGGGCCGCGUCACCAACCUCGUCCGCGUCACCUACAUCGUGCUGGACGAGGCCGACCGCAUGUUCGACAUGGGCUUCGAGCCGCAGGUGAUGCGGAUCAUCGACAACGUGCGCCCAGACCGGCAGUGUGUGCUGUUUAGUGCCACAUUCCCGCGGCAGAUGGAAGCACUGGCGCGCCGCAUCCUUCUUAAGCCUGUCGAAGUACAAGUUGGCGGCAAGAGUAUCGUGUGCAAGGAUGUUGAGCAGCACAUAGUGAUCCUGGACGAGGCGCAGAAAUUCUUCAAACUGCUGGAGCUGCUGGGCACCAGCGCCCAGCAGGAGAGCACGCUCAUCUUCGUGGACAAGCAGGAGGCGGCAGAUGACCUGCUCCGUGACCUGAUGAAGGCCAUGUACCCCUGCAUGGCCUUGCACGGCGGCAUUGACCAAUUUGACCGCGACUCCACCAUCAAUGACUUCAAGAGCGGCAAGGUCAACCUGCUGAUCGCCACCUCCGUGGCGGCGCGAGGUCUGGAUGUGAAGCACCUGACCAUGGUGAUCAACUACGACUGCCCCAACCACUACGAGGACUACGUGCACCGAUGCGGCCGCACCGGCAGGGCGGGCAACCACGGCAAGGCGUACACCUUCCUCACGGAGGACAACGCCAAGCAGGCUGGCGACAUCAUCAAGGCUCUGGAGCUGUCCGAGUCGCUGGUGCCCAGCGACCUUAAACACCUCUGGGACCAGUACAAGGAGCAGCAGUCCUCGGAGGGCAAGAAGGUGCGCACCGGCGGCGGCUUCGGCGGGCGCGGCUUCAAGUUCGACGAGAACGAGGCGCAGAACACCAGCGACCGCAAGAAGUUCGAGAAGGCGGCACUGGGCCUGCAGGACUCGGACGAUGAGGACGUCAGCGAGGAUAUGGACAUGAAGAUCGAGUCGAUGCUGGCGCCGAAGCGGAUCGUCAAGGAGGUGAAGCCGCAGAACGGCGGCGGCGGCGGAGGCGGCGGUCAAGGCGGCUCGGGGGCGAGCGGCACGGCCGGCACGCCGUCGGGCCUGCCCGGCCUCAUGACGACGCCCGUGUUUGGCGGCGCCGCCGGCGACAAGUUGGAGCUGGCGCGCCGGCUCGCGCUCCGCAUCAACGCCCAGAGGAACCUCGGUCCCGACAACCGCGGCGCCAGUCAGCAGACGGCCGAGGCCGUCAUGUCGGGCCGCGGGUCCCAGCCGCUCAUCACGGCCAAGAUGGUGGCGGAGCAGCUGGCGGCCAAGCUGAACACGCGGCUCAACUACAUCCCCGAGGAGCGCUCGGAGGAGGAGCCGGAACCCGAGGAGACUUUCACCAAGUACGAGGAGGAGCUGGAGAUCAACGACUUCCCGCAGCACACGCGCUGGCGCGUCACCAGCAAGGAGGCGUUAGCACAGAUCUCCGAGUACUCGGAAGCCGGCAUCACGGUGCGCGGCACGUAUUACGCGCCCAACGCCAAGAUUCCGGAGGGUGAGCGCAAACUAUUCCUGGCCAUCGAGUCGACCUCGGAGCUGGCCGUCAGCAAGGCCAAGGCCGAGAUCACUCGUCUUAUCAAGGAAGAGCUGGUGCGCGCGCAGACGUCGCACCACUCUGGCGGCAACCGCGGGAGGUACAAGGUGCUGUGACCGCCGACAGGUGGCGGGCGUGGGACGGGCGUGUUGUGGGGUGUGUUUUCAUCGUCGCGCGGCCGGGCACCAUCCAUCGAUCAUUGUGCGGCCGCGUGCUCAUGGAUCCGUGCGAUCCCGCCUGGCAGAUCACCCGCGGUGCGUGGCCGUGUGAGGCUGCUGUCGGCAGCACUGGCCGGAGUCGGGGCACAAGCUCCCGCAUCGCGCGUAUUUCUUCCGGGAAUCGCCCGGGUAUGCGCAGUGGGAUGGCGGAUGCGUGUGCACACUGUCAUGCGAAUAUACUCGAGAGGAAUA